CCUGCUCGAUUGCUCCGUUUACUUGUUUGUCUUCAGCGUUACAUCGUUUUUGUCUUUCGGAGUGCUUCUUUCCUGCGUGACGCAAAAGCGGCUUCUGUUUUUUUGAAGUCUAGGGGCUCUUCUAAAGUAAGGGAAAAGCCUGAUCUUGUCUUUGCACAGCUCUUGUCUUUGCACAGGUGUAUACUAAACGCCACAGCAAAAAGAACAAGCAAUGCAGCAAGGGGGCGCGACGAUUAUUGGUGAAGGCCUCUGGGCGCGUAUGUCCGACGUGCUGCGCUGCGCGCAGCUAUCGGGAUGCCUGCUUGCGAAGGACGCCGGUCCACCAUCCUGUGGAGCCGGUUCGCUGUACCUACUGACCGGACGCGUCGCGUGCACCGCAUGGGAACGCCUCUGCCGGCUCGUCGCCAGCUGCAGUGAAGCGGCCGUGACCUGCAUCCAAUGUGCCGUUGGUGCCGCCUCUCUUCUUUGGGCCGUUUCUGCGGUGUGCAUGGUGCUGUUGGGCGUCCACGACCUUCUGGCCCGCGUUUUCGCGGAGAUGGCGGGCUUGUCCCGUCGGGUUUCGGCGAGUCUCGUCCUCCUGUGCCGUCGUGUCGGUGGUCGCGUUCGCUGUUAUUGCAGCAAGUUUGUGACCUUCACCUGCAAGCACCCCGCGAAGCAGAGCCCGUGGCGGAAGUCGACCGCGAGAAAAGUGGCCGGCGCGCUCUGCGCGUACCUGAUUUUCGGGGGGCCCAUCGGGUUCUUCUUUGUCUCCGGGGUGGCGAGGCACUUUCUGGAGCCUUCGCAGCACGAGCGGGACGCGGGUCGUGGCGGUGAGCAGUUUGCGGUGAGUGUAGAUGCGAACGGCGAGUAUGCAUGUGAAGAAAUAUCUCCGGAGGUCCGGGAAGUAGAGGCGGGCUGGUUGUCAUAGUACAGCCCAUCUGGCGGACCACACAAACAAACUAAAUAUAAUUACCUUUUAAACUGAACUUGAACAAGAAAUGAAGCCUUCGUGUUCUCGCUGGAGUGUAGAUCAAUUCAGUAUGGUCCCAACCAGGCAUAAGAAAUUAUCGGCUUCUACUUUCCAACCCGGACAUCAAACUUGCAAUGCAUAGCGACGAAACUACGAUUACGCAGUCGACGAAAAUUAACCUCUGGGGAAAUAAAUCAUAUAGCCUUGUUUCCCAUCAGCCUGCACCCACGAGAAGUGUAAGUAAGUAACGCGCUAUGUAUCGAUAUGCUGAAUCAUGCAAAAAACAAAAGACAAAAAAGAGAUGCAAUAGUACGAACUGUCGGCCAGGCGGCUUCUAUAACGAGCAUAUUGACACCUGCUCGGGGUGAAGGUCCUCUAUGAUGUUAGCAGCUCGGGGUCUACUGCUGGUACUCACGUUCCGCAGCAGAAAAGCUUACAUGAAGUUCUUAACAGAGGGCCGCCUUUUGAUGUCGAGGCUCGUGGUAUUAAAUACUUCUAUGGGUGAGGAAAGAUAAAGAACAGGCUUGAAGAGUUUGUUCGCUGGCAUAGUGGACAACGAAGUUUUCCCUCCCGUCCUGGACGAAGAGAAUUCCGUUCCCGCAAGCAGCGGGGGGAGCGCGGCGGCAAACUUGUUUCUCGAGGAAGCGACGAGCGCCGCACCGGGUGCGGUUUUGGCCCCGGCGGUUCCCGGGAGCAAUGCGUAUCAAAUGCAACUAUGUCUGGGUCUGGAAAAGUGUAUACGCUUUUCAUGCGUGUUUUGUAUGAUUGGCCCAACCAUGAACAAGAUGCAUGUCUUAGCAUCACAGAAUUUUUGACGGCUACUGUGCAUGAGAAAUUGAUACCCUCUCUGCGCAGCAAAAACUGGAGUCCUGUUGCUGCUCCAGCAAUACAGAUUUUUUUAGGAUCCAAUAAAAGCAGCGUUACGAGUCUCACUACUCCAGACCCAAACACAUAUUUGCAAUGCAUAUCGCUGCUGCAAGCAACAAUGCCGAAGGGGGGCCGCCCGCGGUUCAUGAACAGUUCCGCCAGGACGAAGAACAAGUGCAGACUGAGAUAAACCAGCAGAACGAAAAAAAGUGGUCUCCGUUUCGUGUCAACCCCGUCCUGAAUGCUUACUGGGAGGCUUUCCGAAAGGAUGGCGUUCGGGAGGCCUGCAACGCGCGGCGACCUUAUCUCAACAACCCGAACCUUUCCGACCCGGAGGGCGACACUUCCAAAUUGCAAUGCAUGAAAGAGUUGGUCCCGUGGGUUGUAGAGAACACCGGGCCGUCUUCGACGCCGAGCAGCCGGCACACCAACGUGGGCGAAUUCGUGACAGCACUGAGUCAAGCGUUGCGUUCGGCUACUCGCGAAAGCACCGCGCGGACUACUGACGAAGGCGCCGCGACGAGGAUUACUGGCGAAAGCGCCGCGGGGGCCCCAUCUGGCGAACAAGCUCUUCAUAUGAACGGUAAAUAUGUCUAGGUCUGGAAGAAUGCAAGAUUUUUCAUGCAUAUUUCUCAUGACCCAUGAUGCCUGUAAUGCAUGAUCGAGCAUCACGGACUUUUAGAGUGCUUCCUGAUGCCCCUCUCGCUUGAGAAAUCCUCUGUCCGCGUAGCACAAUCACAAACUGGACCCCUCUUGCUGGUCAUGCAAUACAAGCAAAAAUAGCAUGACAAGUUGCAAUCUUCCAGACCCAGACACUUUUGCAGCUGAUACUUCACGGCUGUCACGACCUUAUCGAGCAGAAGAAACAGGAAGCGCUGCGGAAGGAGGAGAGCAACGCGUCUUGGUUUUCUGUGUCUUCCUGGUGGAGAACGUUGCAGAGAACGGUCUGGACCGACUACGUGUUUAAGCGGGACGUGGUCAUCCCCCUUCUCGGGGACGUGUUAGGCGAAUGCAAACCCAGUCCUGCGCCAAAGGCUCAGGACAUUCUUGAAGAAGGCUUACUCAAUCAACUGAUAGGUGGGCAUUUACCGCUCCACGACCUCGCGCAGUUCGGAAUGGUUUCAGGGGGUACGCACACGACUUCAAGAAGACUUCUUAACGCUGACCCAGAGUUGACCAGGGACGGAAAGAAGCGCGGGAAGGCCUUUCCGCGGGACAUCGCCGUUUUGAAGAACGCAGUCAAGCUCUGUAUCAAAUGCAAACUACCUAUGGUCUGGGCCAGGAAGAGUGCCCUUGUUUGUGCAUGCAUGAUCUUCUUGAGCAGAUAGAUGGGCAGGAAUGCACACGCAGCAGCAAAGAUUUUGCGAACGCUUACUAAUCCUUACUUACUCCACAUGAGAAGUUUGCUCGCUACUUGUCUAGGAAAAAGUAGGUAGCCACGGCCUUGGGCUUUGGCACUGAUGAAAUGCAGAUUUUUUUCUGCUCGGGAUUUAGAAUGAGAAGCUGGAACAAUUCUUCCAGACCCAGACAACAUAAGUGGUUGCGAUGCAUGCUCUGGACCAGAGUUGCGCAAGACGAACAUUUGCAACAGCAGCGGCAACAGAAGCGCGACGAAGUUGUGGAGAAGUACGGCGAGCCGAAUAUGGAAGCUCCAGAUCUGAAAUCGACAAAGCUGAAAUUAUGA